AUGGAUCCUAACAAUUUGCCCCCGAACAUCGAGAGUGUCUCCGCUGCCUUCAACAGAAUAGCAGAGGACGCGAACACUAUCAACGAAGAGAUCCCGCACCGCCUAGACCAACAAUCCAAUAACUUCCAGGAGACCUCACGCCGCCUGACCGUCAUAGAAAGCACCCUAGACCAACGAUCCAAUUACAUCCAGGAGACCUCACGCCGCCUGACCGUCAUAGAAAGCACCCUAGACCAACUGGCCAAUAACUUCCAGGAGACCUCACGCCGCCUGACCGCCAUAGAAAACACCCAAAUUCGGAAUUCAAAUUCACAACGCCUUCACUACGAUAGUUUAGCCAUCAUUUCUCCGCUUCUAGACCCCGAAACAGGAGUCGCUAUACGAAACUGCCCAAAUACAAUUGCUGCUAUUUACACAUUAUCUGCGCACCGAGCAACGCGCAUCCUAGGUAUCCUUCAGGUCCCUAUACCCGCCUCUUUAGAAGCAAAGAGAGGCUGUACGGUUCCAAUUCAUCUAGGUUCAGUCUUCGCAGCUAGGAGGUUGUACGGCGAGCUAUCAGACGCCCCCUGCGGUUAA